UGUGCCUUUGAACGGACUGAAGUCAGUGAAUCGUCUGAAUCGUCUGAAUCGUCUGAAUCGUCUGAACUGUGAACGACUGAUCGCGACGAAUUGUGGCGAGGCUACUUGCUUGUCUAUCUUGGUUGUGUUCGGAUUCCUGUGUAGCGUUCCCAGUAUCGUUUUCGUUUUGGUGACGGGCUUGGUCCAUCCAUCCGAGUGAACCCACGGUUGAGCUCCAUGCACGAUUAAUCCCACAACCCCAUUCCCCGCUUAGCUGAAUUUGUCCCCAACUCAUUAGUCCAUUAUCGUCGUCUGGUGGGAUCUGAUCCUUGAGUGAGCAUCUCUCUCUCUCUCCCUUCCUUCGUCUCUGCAUCAAUUUAUUCCUCGAUCCACGAUGAGUGCUGCGGCGGAAGCAGGCGGCAACACCGCGGAUAACAACAAUGCGGCUCCGCCCAAGCAAUUCUUCUCCGGGAUCUGCAAGCAGGUAUUGGAUGGUGGCACCGUGAUCAUCCGCGGUCAACCCCGGAAUGGUCCACCCCCGGAGCGACUCUUAGCUUUGGCCGAAAUCGAGGCACCUCGUUUGGCUCGCCGGCCUGGUCCCAACAACGCCGCCACUGAGGACGAGCCUUUCGCUUGGCAGGCCCGCGAGUUCCUCCGUCAGAUGUUGGUGGGCAAGCCGCUAUUGGGCUCGGUCAGCUACACCGUGCCCUCCGGGCGUGAGUUCGGUACGGUCUUAGUGGGCUCCACCGAUCCCGAGAAGGGCGAGAACGUGGCCCUCAAGCUGGUGGCCGAAGGAUUGGCCCGCGUGCGCGAAAACUCCUCGGAUGCCACCUUGAAAGAGGCUCAGGAAGCGGCCAAGGCGGCCGGCAAGGGUGUGUGGUCGAGUGAUAGCUCGGUGGGAGUGCGGAAAAUCACCUGGGACCUGGAAACCCCCCGGCAGCUGGUGGACCAGAUGGGCGGUAAACCAGUGAAGGCCAUAAUCGAACACGUGCGGGACGGCACCACAGUGCGGGCGUUCCUUCUACCCGAUUUCUAUCACAUUACGCUCAUGUUGUCCGGCGUGCGAGCACCCAGUGUGCGAAUGGGAAGCGAUGGCAAACCUGACCCGACUACGGCCGAGAAAUACGCCCUCGAGGCCCACUAUUUCACCGAGUCACGGCUCCUUCAACGCGAGAUCGAGAUCAUCUUGGAAUCGGUCAACAACAAGAACUUUGUGGGUAGCAUCAUCCAUCCUAAUGGCAACAUUGCCGAGGCCUUGUUGCGCGAGGGCUUUGCCAAAUGCGUGGAUUGGUCCCUUCAAUGCGUGACCGGCGGUCCGGAAAAGUACCGCAAAGCCCAAGCGGAUGCCAAAGAGAAGAAACUCCGUCUUUGGAAAGAUUUUGCCGGACCCACGGGUCCCGUGAUCAGCGAAAAGGACAAGACCUUCACUGGCAAGGUCAUCGAAAUCGUCAACGGCGAUGCCGUCAUGGUGAAGCGAAGCAAAAACGACGUCAAGAAGAUUCAUCUGGCCUCGAUACGCCCACCUAGACUAGGCGGCCCGGGCGAGGCUGGCAAGACGGCCGAGCGGCCCAAGGCCCCGGGUGGUGGCCCUUUCCGACCCCUCUAUGACAUUCCCUUCAUGUUUGAGGCCCGAGAAUUCCUCCGCAAGAAGUUGAUCGGUCAAAGUGUCCAUGUGACGAUUGAUUACAUCCAACCCGCCAAUAACGAUUUCCCUGAAAAACAUUGCGCCACGGUCACCAUUGGAGGUGUGAACGUCGCCGAGGCUCUGGUGACCAAAGGUCUGGCCACGGUCGUGCGAUAUGCCGCUGACAACGAUCAGCGAAGCUCAGCUUACGAUGACCUCCUGGCCGCCGAGGAUAAGGCUAUCAAAUCGACUAAGGGCAUGCAUGAUAAGAAAAACAUUCCCACCCGUCGAAUCGCUGACAUUUCAGGUGACGUGGCCAAGAGCAAACAAUUCUUCCCAUUCCUCCAGCGAGCUGGUCGCAUGCAAUGCGUGGUCGAAUUCGCGGCAUCUGGAUCGCGGUUCCGCGUCUACAUUCCAAGGGAAACUUGCGUCAUCACGUUGUUGCUCUCCGGCGUGAGUUGUCCUCGCGCCUCCCGAAACAUGCCCGGAGGUCAAUCCAGUGCGGGCGAGCCAUUUGGCGAUGAAGCCUUGGCCUUUGUCAAAGAAAUGGCUCUUCACCGUGAAGUCGACAUCGAAGUCGAAGCCAUGGACAAAGGUGGCAACUUCAUUGGAUGGAUGCACACAGAAGGCAAAAACGUAUCCGUCGAACUGGUCGAGAACGGAUUCGCCUCCGCUCACCCCACGGCUGAUCGCACGAACUAUGGUCGCGAAAUCGCCGCCGCCGAAGAGAAUGCCAAGCGCCGUCGGGAGAAAAUCUGGGCCAAUUACAAUGAGGAACAGGAGAAGGCCGCCGCUCAAGCCCAACUCGAUCUGGCUCAGGAGGAUGACGAAAAGAAGGAUGACGAGGACCGGAAAGUACAUUACAUCAAGGUCUGUGUCACGGAAGUAACGCCCGAAGCCAAGAUCUACGCCCAACACGUGGAAGAGGGACCCAAAUUGGAGCAACUCAUGAAGGAGAUCCGCAACGAGUUCUCCUCCAACCCACCUCUGGCCGGAGCCUACCAACCCAAGAAAGGUGAUAUUUGUGCGGCCAAGUUCGUGGAUGACCAAUGGUACCGUGCCAAAGUAGAAAAGGUUACACCCAAUGACGUGAGCGUGCUCUACAUGGAUUACGGCAACCGCUCCACCAUCGCCAAAACGAAAGUGGGCAGUCUUCCGUCGUCCUUCAAUGCCCUCACGCCCUUCGCCAAGGAAUACUGCGUUGCCUUGGCCAAAUUAGCCGAUGAUGAUGAGUACAGGGACCUAGGUCUACAAGCUAUGAGAGAGGACUUCUUGGACAAGACAUUGAACUUGAACGUCGAAUAUCGCGUGGGCGGAAUCCCGUAUGUGACUCUGUCCGAGCCCAGCACGAAUGAGGAUCUAGUGAAGAACCUGGUGGGCGAGGGCCUCCUCCUCACGGAAAAGAAGGGCGGACGCAAAUUGGCCAAGUUGGUCAACGCCUACCUGGAAGCUAUGGAGAGUGCCAAGAAGAAGCAUCUCAACAUCUGGGAAUACGGAGACAUCACCGGAGAUGAUGCUCGAGAGUUUGGCGUGGGCAAUCGUUAAGAACAUGCACUCACACACACACAGAGAGACGGGUUGGAAAUACCCAGUCGUACUAAUACCACAACAAGAACAACUACUACACAACCACGUACACACACAUCGAUCGAAUGAAGUUGAAAAAGAAUCUUUUAUGGAUAUUCAUAUUCUAAAGGGUUUCCCUUGUGGUGAGACCGUGAAUUGCUCCUCCUUUUUUACCACUUCCCCGUUGAUGAAAUAGAUUUUUAUUAUCAAUUGUGAUAAUAGCGUGAUCCUGA